CUAGAGGUCCCCGGUGAAAACAGCGUCACGAUCGGUGCGACUUGGUAGUGAUGGAUCCAUGGUGCCCGACGCCCGGGAUGUGGAGCUGGGGCACGAGGAGCACUUGGAAGAGUUUUUCGAUGUGCUUCAAGAGGAGGUGGCGGAUCGUUCUGGGCCUCAGAGCCCCAAGGGAAUCCGUACACGGAACCACUCCUUCAAUUCCUUCUCCAGGAACACCUCUUGUUCCUCCUUCCAAGAUGCACUGAGCGAAUGGGAGUUGGAAGUUCCAGCCAUUGCCCCGCCGCGCAGGUCGAGUUUGAAGAGCAGCUGGCCUCCCAGCCACCUACGGCGGCCCUUGGAACUGCUGGGCAUCAGCCUCUGCUGUGCCAGCACGGCGUUUGCUUUGCGGGCACCCUAUGAGGCGACCGAGGCGCUGCCGCUGCUGCUGAUGCUCUUCGCCUUCGCAGCCAUCGCUGCCUCGCUGCUGGGACCCAGGAUGCGCUCCUGGAGCUCCGUGUUGGCGGGCACGUACCUCUAUGCUCAGCGCUGGCGCGGGCGCACGCCGAACAGCGUGCUGGAGUGGCUGGCUGCGGGGGUGGCCGUGAGUCGUCCCUGCGGCGGGAGCGAAGGCUUUCCACUGGGCUUGGCGCUCUCCAGCGCCUUGUGGGGCAUGCAGCUCUCAGAGCAGAGGAGUUGGCCAACGCUCGUGCUGGGCUUCCUAUUUUUGAACAUUGCCCAGUUGUUGCUGCACCUGGCAGGGGAUAACACCAGAGCCAAGGUGGAUCAUCGGCUGGAGUGGUGCGCAGCGAUCUCGCGUGUCUCUCAGGAGCCCUGGGUCUUCUCGGCGGCGGUGAUCACUGGCACCUUGGGAUUUGGCGGUCGAUACUUGGGUCUGCAGGGUCUGGACUUGUCCGUGGGUCGUCCGCCACAGAAGGCGCGGCCCUUGCUGCUGCUCCUGGCGAUGCUGCCCAUGCUGAUGGGCUGGGCGGCACGCAGCAGCGUGGGGGGUGAGUCGAGAAUCUUAAAGUGGACUCUGGUGUCGCUGAGCCUGGGUUUCAGCUUGUUGCCCAACCAGGAGCCGGAUCCGUGCUGGGCACAUGAGGACGGAUCCUUGUCGGCCAUGGCAGUGGGCCGCGCACUGCUAUUGCAUUUAGAGUUGGCCACCGUGCCCUUGCUGGUGGCAGCCCUUUGCAGCUGCGCACCCAUGACGCCCGUGGCCACCCUGCGGCGACCACUGGGGACGAGCUCGGCGCCGAUCUCGGCGGCGCAAGCGGCGGCCGUGGUGGCCACGGUCUUCCUGGCCGAUCGCGCUGCCGAGCGGUUGUUGGUGAAGCGCUGGUGGGUGGCGACCCUGGGAAAUCUCCUGGCUGCCCUGCUUUGCCUCAACUUUCCAGAAGCCCGGCGCCCUCGGCUCUCGGAGUGGGCCGGGAACUAUGCCAAUCUCCGUGCCGCGAGCUCAAGUGCUGCCAUGGCGGCAGGACGGCGGCCCAGCUCGUUUGUGCCCAGUACUCUCGCGAGCAGUCGCGUUGCGAGUGCAGCUGACUUGGUGGGUGGGCUCAGGCGCUUGAGCGCCCGGCUCUUGAAGCCACCACUGCAGGAGCAAGAGGAGGCACACGAUCCAAGCUUCUGGAACUGCCUGUUGGCAGAGCUCUGGCCCAGCUUGCGUGGAAUGAUCGAAGAAGAUAUCCUGAAAGGGGAGGUACAGUCAGUGCUCCAGGAAAGUGUCACUGCAGCCUUGAAGUUCGACACUGCCUUCUUGGGCACUGAACCGCCCAAGGUGCUGUCUUUGCGGAUGCUCUCCACCCACAGGCCAGAAAGGUCCAUCCUCUUUGUGAUGGACACCGAGUUUGUGAGCAAGGAGGUGGACUUGACCUUGAAGCUCACCUUGGGCAGCUUCAUGGGUCUCUCACUGGGCGUCAGCAAGCUCACCUUGCGGGGGAAACUUUUCCUGGGCUUCCGACACCUAACGCCCCAUUUGCCGUUGACCCAGGGCCUCACCGUGGGCUUCGCCGAUCCCCCGGCGAUCGAUCUGGAAGUCACCACGCCCUCGGCGCUGGGCGUGCCCUUCGUGCCGGAGAGGGCGCGUGCUGCGUUGAUCUCGGUGAUCUCGUCGACCUUGGCACACCAGAUGGUGCUGCCCAAUCGCAUUCCCUUGCCCUUUGGGACGCUGUGGCCUUUAGAUCGCCUGCAACAUGCCCGGCCUGAGGGCGUGCUGGCAUGUCGAGUACUUGGAGCUUGCGGAGUGACCUCCACGAACCGCCCCUUGAGCUGCGUGCUGCAGCUGGGCGCCGCCAGCUACCGCAGUGCCAAGUCAGAGAGCGAGGACGGCGACUUCCUGUGGGACGAGGAGCCCUUCCUGGUGGUGGAUCACUUCGAGCAGUCGCUACUGCUGGCGCUUCACGAGCGGCACACCUUUAAUGACCGCGCCAUUGCACACCAGGCCAUCUCCAUCAAAGAGCUGAUCGAUCGCAGCCGCUGGCAGCACAUGCCCAGUUGGUCUCUCCAGGCCAUGGGUAGCGAGACGACGACUCCACAGUUGCUCUUCUCCAGUAGCUUUCACGAGCUGAGCCGCAAGCGUGCCAGCUUCGCCGGCCUGGGAUCCUUGCUCUUGCUCACGGUGGACUGUGCACGUCACGUGCCCCCCGAACUCGAUGGAGCCCUCCUGAUGCUCCGAUGUUUUGUGGUGCCGCCCGGGGGCGUUCCACCGCCAAACCUCGUGCGCGGGGAUGCGCAAAGCGUGCCCAUGCGCUGCUCACGGAUCACGCCAGUGCAGGUCCUGGUGGUCGACCAUUUUGGCGCCAUUUCACCGCACCCCAUGGCGUGGGAGCACCGGAUCGUUUGUGCAGGCAACUUCGACCAGACGGCCCAAGCUGUACAGAUUGCUGGGGAUUCGAGUGAAGAGGAGGUGGAUGUGAAGCAGGCGUGGGAAGCCUAUGUGGAGUCCGAAGAGGACCGCUGGCGGGAGCGCCUCACGGAGCUUUGGCAGCUCCGUGGUGCGGCGGCACCGCGGCGUCAUGCAGGGGUGCAAGAGCUCAAGGAGUGGCUCAACAGUGACCGGGAGGGUUGCAUCCGACGCAUGGCGCUGAUCUUGGAGUUGCCCGUCUGGUGCGAGGUUCGUUUGGGGAAGCUCCUUGAUGAGCUAGCCACGCAGAAGGGGACCCCUGCCCACAAGGCAUCAACCAGCUCAAAUGCAACACAGGGCCCCUGUGUUGAGUGCCACUGGCGACAACAACUUCGAUUGGUGGCGAAAAGCCCUCGUGAUCAAGAGCUUUACUUGGAGAUUUGCCAAGCCCACCGAAGGGCAGAUCCGGAGGUGGUGGGCAUCUGGCGUAAGCCCUUGCGUGAUCUGCUGGAUGUGGCCCACAUGACGGACCGCAUGGCUCCACGGAUGCUGCUGUCGCCCAAAGCUUCGGCGACCAGCGGCGUGCCGCCGAGCACCGAUGAGGCUGCAAAGUUUGCGGUACAUUUGAAGCUAGAACUACUGCACUUGCGCCCGGAGAAGACUCAAGCAGACUGGGUGGUCAAGCGUCAGUACGUGGCCUCGGUGGAGCGCAGCUGGUAUCAGGAGCCGUCGGAGCUGGGAGGUUGUGUCAGGUUGGCCUCCAGGCAAUUCCUUCCAAUUGCAGAACAUGGGCAUGCCACAGCCUGUGCUGCCGCCGUCUCUGCCGCAGCCCCUGCUUCAGCCACUGGGGACAGAAAUGCCAGCCUUUGCAGGACGGCCGCUUCCACAAGCUCUAGAUCUCGACAGCCUCCCCUUUCUGCAGCGGCCCCGUGGACCUGGCGGGGAGGCCUCAGCCUUUGCCCGGAGCCUGAGAGCGAGAAUCCCAUCGAGAAGGCUGAGAAGGCAGAAGAUGAGGCUGCCACUGCCGUCGAGGAGGCCGUGAAAUCCGAAGUGAGCAAGAUGGGCAAGCAAAAGGAGAAGGUCAUGGAGAAUGACCCAGACAACACGAGGAUAGCGCAUGACACGGCUGAUGCGGUCAGCAUCUACAUGCAGAAGAAGAUCAUGCCAACGUUUAGUGGCCACACGUCCAAAGAGAUUCGGGACUUGAUCGAUGACUCGAGGCAGCUGUUGCAGAAGGUGCACCGAAAGCUUCGUGCUUUGAAGGAGCCUCCAGCAGAUACAGGAGCUGCAGCAGCCGCGGAGGGGAAUGCAGCCAAACAGGCGCAGAAGGGCAAGACCAGCGCAUUGCUCUUGUGGGCAACACCACCCAUCAGAGGAUCCGACUUUCUGCCAGCAGUGAAGUGA